UUCAGUUAAAACAGCCCAGACAUGCAUUUUAGUCUGGGACUAGGCUUAAGCCUUGUCUAUGAAACUGGAGGUAUGUUUGGAAUGAGCAACUGCAUCAGGUCCUGCUGUAUGAUUCCUAUGUACAGGGGAUCCUACAGAAUGAGGAUCUACGAGAGGGAGAACUUCAUGGGCCAGAUAUACGAGCUGACAGAUGACUGUGACAGCACCAUGGACCUUUACCACGUGUCUCACUGCCAGUCCUGUCAUGUGAUGGACAGCCACUGGCUCUUCUAUGAGCAGCCCCACUACAGAGGCAGGAUGUGGUACUUCAGGCCUGGAGAGUACAGGAGCUUCAGUAAUAUGGGUGGCAUGAGAUUCAUGAGCAUGAGGCAUAUCAUGUACUCAUGGUACUAA